AUGGGCGUGCGAAGACUCAAAUCCAAAGAGGCACCUACCGCCCAACAGGGCCCCGCGGUAGAUGUCUCCGGCAUCGUCAAGGGCGUCAUCGACAACAUCAGAACCAACGGCGAUGCCGCCGUGAGGCAGUACUCGGAGAAAUUCGACUCGUGGUCGCCAGCCGAGUUCAAGCUGUCGGCGAAGCAGAUCGACGACAUCAUCGCCUCGGUCGAUCCGCAAACCAUCCAGGACAUCAAGGAAGUGCAACGCAAUGUUCGGACUUUCGCCGAGAAGCAGAAAAGCGCGCUCCAAGAGUUCGAAUUCGAGAUUCAGCCGGGGGUGUUCCUGGGUCAGAAAAACAACCCCAUUGAACGAGUGGGAUGCUACAUCCCUGGAGGAAGAUAUCCCCUCCUCGCGAGUGCCCACAUGACGAUCCUAACAGCCAAAGUCGCGGGCGUCAAGCAUGUCAUCGGCUGCACACCCCCCAUCGCCGGCCAGCUUCCCGCCGCGACCAUCUCGGCCAUGCAUCUGGCAGGUGCCGAUGAGAUUUUCAUCCUGGGCGGCGUGCAAGCCAUUGCCGCCAUGGCGCUGGGCACAGAGACCAUCGCCAAGGUCGAUUUCCUGGCUGGGCCUGGCAACGCCUUUGUCGCCGACGCCAAGCGACAGAUGUUUGGCCAGGUCGGAAUCGACCUAUUUGCGGGGCCGACCGAAGUCCUGAUCGUCGCCGAUGAGCACGCCGAUCCGUACAUGUGCGCCGUCGACCUGCUCUCGCAGUGCGAGCACGGACCCGACACGCCGGCGCAGCUAAUCACCAACAGCGAAAACGUCGGGCGGGAGACGCUGCGCUGCAUCGAUGAGCUUUUGAAAGUCUUGCCGACGGCUCCCGUGGCGUCGGUGUCGUGGAAGGCCUUCGGUGAGGUGAUCAUCACGGACACGCUAGACGAGGCGUACAAGGUCGCCGAUGAGUAUGCGUCGGAGCACGUGCAGAUCCUGACGCAGAAUCCGCGCGAGGCGCUCGACAAGAUGACAAAUUACGGCGCCAUCUUCUUGGGGAAGAACACCUGUGUGUCCUACGGCGACAAGUGCAUCGGCACCAACCACGUCCUCCCGACGCGCAAGGCCGCCCGCUACACGGGCGGUCUGUGGGUCGGCAAGUUCCUGCGCACCCAGACCUAUCAGGAAGUCCGGAACCCCGAGGCCUCUGGCAACUUGGGCAGGCUGUGUGGACGAGCAGCCCGGGCCGAAAGUUUCGAGGCCCACGCAAGGUCCGGCGACUUGCGUGCGGCAGAGCUGCUGGGAGACAAGGUGCAAUGGAUCGAGCAGACUCGCAAGGAGCUGUCGUUGCCGCAAUUGGGUGCCACUGCUGCCAAGUAG